UUUUGAAUUAUUGAAAAAUUCAACAAAUUGACUGAGAUAUGGCAAUUCUAAUGAGAGUGACUUUUAUGGUCCAGACUUUGCAUUACAGAAGUGCACAAUUAAGGCGGGGUCCUCAUAUGUAGUUUUUUCAUUAGCCAUCAGAAUAAUACAAAACUUUGGCCCCGUUUUUUGUUGUUGUUGUUGUUUUGUUCAUAGCAAAUGAUUUGAGCUCAUCAAAGCUGAUGAAAACUAUUGGGAUUUGUAGUGAAAUUCGCAUUUCCAUGGAAACAGAUGUUGGAUAACACCUGCAUACGAUAAACCCUAAUUUUAAUUUUAAUUUGUAAUGUUUGUAUAUACUCAGACAUUGAUGCAGUAAAUUUUGGAAGCAUAAUAGUUAAAAACAUAUUCACUGAUAAAAUGGUGCAAGCUCUCAGCAAUCUCUGGUCAAAAUUCUUGCCGUGCCACUGGUGCUCCUUGCAGAUUUGCAGGAAUCAGCAGUGAUGGCAGAGGUCAGUAGCAGCCCAGUGGCCGUCACUCCACCCUCGUUGGAGGAGAAGCCCGUUGACCUCUCCCGUGAUUCCCAAGAUGAUGCUGCCAAGCCUGAUGCUCAAGCUGAAGAGGAGGGCGAGGCAGCUCCUGACCCUGGCAUGUACCGCUACAUCAAAGAAGACCUGUUCACAUCCGAGAUCUACAAAGUGGAGAUCAGGAAUCUGCCCAAGUUCGUAGGCUUCAAUGACCUGAAGAAGUUCCUGGCCAAACACGGCCUUAACCCGCACAAAAUCAAGCUGUUCGGCAGGCAGACGUUUGCUUUCGUCACCUUUAAGAAUGAGGAGGAGCGUGACAAAGCCAUGAAGAUGGUGCACGGCAUGCAGUGGAAGGGCCAGGUGCUGAGUGUCAAGCUGGCCAAACCCAAGGCAGACCCCAUCCUGAGGAAGAGGAAGACGGAGGAGGGGGGAAGUGCAGGAGGGCACCCCCCAUCCAAACGAACAGAGGGGGAUGAGGAAGAGGAGGCGCUCAGUGUCCAGAUAGCCAAUGUGGUGACUCCUCUGUGGAACGUGCCUUAUGAAGAGCAGCUGAGGAGGAAGGAGCAGGAGGUGGUGGCGGUUCUGCAGAAGUUGGCCAAAGAGAUCGGCAGCACCAACAAAGCCAUGGUGCCAUGGCUGUUUGCACAGAAGGGGAAAUACAACAACAUGUGCUGUCCUCUGGAAGCCAUUCGACCGUCUCCUACACAGACAGAGUACAGAAACAAGUGUGAGUUCCUCAUAUCGGUGGGUGCAGAUGGCGAGGAUAAAACCAUCGGUUUCCGCCUGGGGAAAUACAAAGGAGGCUCCUGUGCUGUGGUGGGGCCGGCUGAUACGUGCCACGUGCCGGCUGAGGCCAAGAAGGUCGUCAGCGAGUUUCAGAAGUUCAUCAGGACAACUCCAUACUCUGUGUACAGCCCUGAGACAUAUGAAGGACACUGGAAGCAGCUGACUGUACGUACUACGAGGACCAAACAAGCCAUGGCCAUGGUGUUCUUCAAUCCACAGAAACUCGAGGAAAAGGAACUCAGUGCUUUAAAGACUUCCAUGAAGGAGUACUUCACAGAAGGAGAGGGGAAAGACAGCGGAGUGACCUCUCUGUACUUUGUUAGAGAGGGCCAAAGGAAAUCUCCAAACCCAGAGGAUCUCCCCUGUGAGCUGGUGGCUGGAGAGACCUGCAUUCAGGAAGAAAUGCUGGGUUUAAAAUUCAGGAUUUCUCCUCAUUCAUUCUUCCAGGUGAAUACAGGAGCUGCAGAGGUGCUCUACUCUGCUGUGGGGGAAUGGGCCCAGCUGGAUCAGGACAGCACAGUACUGGAUGUGUGCUGUGGGACAGGAACCAUUGGCAUCUCUCUGGCUAAGAGAGUAAAAAAGGUGAUUGGGAUCGAGAUGUGCCAGGAAGCAGUGGAGGAUGCCAAAGUUAAUGCAAAGCUCAACGGUCUUAGUAAUGUUGAGUUUCACUGUGGAAAAGCCGAGGAUGUCUUCCCCAGCAUCCUCAAUGCACUCGUUUCACCCAACAUCACAGCCAUCGUGGAUCCACCGAGAGCAGGCCUACACUCCAAGGUGGUACUCGCCAUCAGGAGAGCAGAGCAUUUAAAGAGGCUGGUUUAUGUGUCGUGCAAUGCCAAGGCAGCAAUGACCAACUUCAUUGAUCUGUGCAGAGCUCCAUCAAACAGAGUUCACGGAGCUCCAUUCCGUCCAGUACGAUCCAUGACUGUGGAUCUGUUCCCUCAGACCAUGCAUUUCGAGAUGCUUCUGCUGCUCGAGCGGGUGGACUACAGUGAAGAUGCAGCUUUUUAGUUGGAGAAAUGGGUCCCGUGCAGUUUGUUUAAUUGGGCUUCCUCUGCUAAAUGUAUCCGCGGUACUCUAACAUUUUAAGAGCAACAUUUGUCAUUUACCUAUUUGUAAAGCACCAAACAGUAACACAAGUUACCAUCUAGCUAAAUCCUAAUUUCACAGUACUGAGUGAUAAUUGCAAUGUCCUUUGGCAUGAACUUUUGUUAGCUGUGACCUUCAUUUCAAACUAACACGGUUUUCUGUUGUUACAAGCCAGAAGUGGCUACCAUGAUUAAAAAGCUUAAUAAAGCACCACCUCAGUUAACUUCCUGUUUAGUUUUGAUCCUUCAGUCACUGAAUAAACAAAAGCUCUUCUA